AAGCGAGGAGAUUGUUUGGAGGGCGCGCGUGUCGAAAGUGCGUGUGGCUGGGAGGUGUUUCGGAGGCGGCCGGCGGCGGUGGGGAGGGAAGGCCAUGAGACGGCGAGCUGCUCUCGCUAUCGCUGUCACUGGGUGGACUUACUAGGAAGCAGCACAAGGACGCGGGGGGAAAUAAAGGAGGGGGGGAGGGAGAAAGGGAUACCUCGGGCCCGCGAGUGAUGCUGCGCCUGGAGCGGGGAUGGAGUUGCCGUGGGAUCUCGGGCUUUUCUCGGGCCUUCUGGAGAGCGUCGUGUCUUUCUGCAGCGAGUUCGCCCAGGACUGGAGCACCAAUGACAUGAGGGUCACUGUCUUCAAAAUCCUCUUGGGCUGGUUGGUUUGCAGCUUGGUGGCCAUUCACAUGGCCUGGAAGAUCUAUGGGGCCACAGUCAAUGACAUGUACUACAGGCAAGGUAGUGGAGGUCAGAAUGGUGGUACUCCAGACGGAUCCUCAAACUUUACUCGUUGGGAAAAUGCCAGUGGCGAGUCAUUUAAAAGUCACAGAGAGAAAAUGCCCCACCAGCAGCACUACAAGGACACUUUGUGAUAUCUCUUCACCCCUCUUUCUGCUGUCUCUUGUGGAGCAUAACAUGAGAGGAAGAGGUUUCAGGCUUUUGUCACGGCUUCUGUUGAAUUGGCUAUCAAAAGCAGUUCAUGGAGACUGAAAUUUUGCUUAUUUAUCUUUAUCUACUCUGUGGAGGGAAGUACAUGGCCUCCUGUAUAAGAGGCAAAAUUGGUUGCUCCAGUACAUGAUUGUGCAUUACAGUAUGUGAGGUCCCAUCACACAUGUUUGGAGGGGUUGGUGUGCCGGCUGUCUUCCCAAUUCACCACCAACCCCUCAAGCCUGAUUCAGUGGAUGCUAUCAAAAUAACUGAAAGAAAAGUGUAGACUGUAACCCUUUUACCACUGAGAUGUUUUGUUGCUGUCUUACAAUGUGUUUUGCGGGAAUGCAGGUUGCUUUUUAUUUUGCAGCUUUUAUUUGCUCUGUAUCUUUGUUAACCUCUCAUUUAUAUUGCAGUGAAAAUGUUGGAACUCUGGAUUCAAAAUGCAGUAUGCCAAAUGUUAGUCUUCAAAUAACAGAUCCUGGGCUCAUUAUACUGAAGUGAUGUAUAUUCUACUGAAACACCUUUUUCUAGUAUAAAUGUUUUGUACAUAAACAGUACAUUUUGUAAAUCACUGUGAUCCAUAAAUUGGACAAUCUUUGUAACCUUGUGCCCCUAAUUUUAAUUAACUUAUAUAUUUAUGUUUGGACAUGUAAAGCUUUCCCUGAUGCUGUAUAUUAGGAAAAAAACUGCUGUAUGUGUGUGUGUGUGUAUAUAUGUACAUUUAGCUUACAAUUUUUGGGGGGAGAGACUAUUUGAUUAUGUUUUAAAUAUAUAAAAACUAGUU